UCAGGAGAAUCACAAUCAAACUUCACUUACAGAUAAUUUAGGUGGCGUGCUUCCCUUGAACUUGAACACUGAUUGAACUUGAUUUUAUUCAAAAUAAUGCCUCAGACACGGACAAUAAUUAUUUCCGCGAAAUCGGCUCCAUCUGCCACUUGGUCACUUAGCAACGAAACUGAAAACAGCUAAAGUCAACCUACCCACGUGACCCACAUCGUCCAUCCCGACGAUAACGUCAUUUUCCCUUUUGACAGCCGGAAGUAAAGGUUCACAACCAAAUAUGGUAAUGAUAACAUGCUGGUAACUUCUUGUGCCUGGUGCAAAGUGAAACCCUGGGAGCAGCUUGUUACGAAUCGGUUUAUUGGUGCUUUUUGGGUGAGAAGACGGUAAAGCUGUCCUACCAAAGUGUUGUAGCUCUAACUGAUGGUCUCAUCAACCUUAGGAAGGAUGAAUCUUUGCUGUAUUUUGGUGUUUUUCUUUGUUAUUCCUCACUGUUAUCCAGACGUCUACAUGCACAAUCCCCGUGGAAGCAAUGAUCGGUUAAACGAGAGAUCGGCCCAGCGAAGAAAUGCUAACAGACUCUUUGAUUCUCAGAAUAACAAUCGAGGCGGGUAUAAUGUUGGAGACAAGACAGAUAAAGCUGCUACAAGUGCUAAGGACCAAUAUAAUAUGAAAUUUUUACAGAGUGGACCCCAAAGCAAGGGGAAAUCAUUUCUCACAUUUGAGUGGACAAAUCAACAUGGCUCUGGUGGAAAUGACAUAAACCCUCAUAAGAUGAACACUGAUGUUGUGUUACAGUAGAUGUGUCAGCUGGUACCAGGACAAGACAAACCUGAUGGUGAUGUGGAUACUAUACGCAAUGGUAUAAAUACAAACACACCUAAGUUUACUGCUACAAAUAAGAAAGAUGCAGAGAAACUGAGUGAGUAUAAAUCACGGAAAAAGGCAAAUAUGGAUAAGACCAGAGGACUGCAUGAGUCAUGGGAGUGGUAUGAUAAAUGCAGAAGAAGGGAACGCAACGGUGGUUUGUUCACAGCAGACCAAAAGCUGGCGGGUAAAGAGAGCAUCUACACCAGACAGAAUCCCACAGGCACACGGCGAGGAUAUGAGUGCCCAGAGGAGAGAGAUUACUAUCCAUACUGGCAUCCUACAGAAUGGAAAGACAUUGCAGUUUUAACAAGUGAUCCAUCCUGGUGUGAAUAUUACAAAAAGCACAGCUUUAAUGUUGAACCCAAAGGAGAGUGUGUUGAGUAUUACCCGGCACUAAAUGGUACUGUACGCAAACACUGGUCAAGAUAUAACAAUGAAAAGGACUGCACUGAGAAUAGAGGGAAAUGGAUGAUGUUCACAAACUAUCUGGAGAAAACUAUUGAUUCUGCACUGCAGUACAACAAUCCUGAUGAGUGUAAAAAUGCAGGAUUUGUUUGGGGUAUCCCUCAUGGUUUUGAAAAGCCUGAGUGUUUAGUCAAACUUGAUCCACCUUACUGUGGUCAGGCUCCUUGGACAAGGGACAAUCAUCUUGGUAACACACCAGAUGGGGUGGCACCAAGCUUUACUUGGACAAUUCCACACUUUAGGUCUGGUCAUGCUCAAUUAUGUGUCUUUAGAAUAAGAUAUAACAUAUCAACAAGUGACUAUGAUGGCUGGAACACUAAUGCUACUUACAACAAUAAGUUGAUACAGCAGAAUCCUGCAGUUGACAUUGGUGCUACAUCACCUCUAAAACUUGCUCUAAAUACUGCACAAUAUGGAAGAACAUUUCAGGACAGGUCCCACAUCAUUCAACUUAGUUCACGAAUAACAGAAGGAGUGCCUCUAGACAAGAAUAUCUACAAUUUGAACAUUCAUGGAAAAAGAGGAAAUAUUGUACAGGUUUACCCAGCUGUUGAGUAUGACUUUGUCCCAAGCAAACUGAACAUUCGAAAAGAAACUGAUGUUGUGCAUAUACAAUGGACAGGUUCCAAUUCACAUAACAACAAUAGCCCUGCUGGUGAUGGCCAAGCUGGGGAUGCUGGUGAAGGCAAGAGCGGCUCUGACAGAAAUAACAUUGUAGAAACUAGCAAUUCUUUGGAUAACUACCCCCUCCCAUUUGAAAAGUCCAAAAUGUUUCAGGGGGCUACAGCUGUUUGGUCCAGCCUUAAAUUAAAAGAUCCCAAACCAGAAGAUAUUGCUGUUAGCUUGGCAAGUGCAGGUUACUAUACUUGUCUACGGAGUAAGACAUGUGCUGAGUCUGUGGAGACCAAGAAGGCUAAAAUGGAUUCUCUUUUGAAUAAUGCUCCAGCAUCAUUUGGAGGCAUUAUGUUGAAGUUCAGUAACAAGGGAUGUUUCUUCUACAUGUGCUCGCGUAAUAACAACUUUUCAAACCGAAGUCAAAAAGGAGUGUUAUGCAUAAGUUGAAUUCUAUCACAUUAACUUUGAAAGUUAAAGCAAGUGACUUAUCACUUUCACAGAGAGAAUUGUUUCUCUUUCAUGUGACCAAAAACUAAUUGCAAUUUGUAUGAUGGAGUACUUAUUUACAAUUUGUUGAUCAGAUAGCAGAAGCAGCAGUUAGAACUUUUGUUGAGUUACUGGCUAAAACUAAGGAACACAAUGCUCUUUUUCAGCAAAUUUCAGCCCAUGAUAACCCCCCCGUCUCUUUCACACCCCCCUUCUGUCCCUUCCCGCCCAUUUCCUAACCUUUAGAAUGUAAAACCUUCAGGAUUGGAAUUUGCUAAAUGUACCACAACAUCUUUGAAAUUGCAGUGUUCUUUUAUCAUUCAAGCUACGUUAUUCUUUGGCUAUUCGGCCAAUGUUUUUUUAAGGAUAGAUUAUCUUUUUUACUUAUUGUGCUAAGUGGUCAAAUUUUUUACCACGUUUCCUACUUCAAGAUGUCUUUGAUUUUUUUAUCGUUUUUUACAACUCAUUGUAUGAAGUAAUUGUAAAUAAUAUUUGAAAGAAUAAAUUUUUAUGGAAUUUUGAUACGAAAGUGCUGGUCACUUUUGGGCAAAUGACUUGCUUACAUGAGUCGUGUUAUUUUCCAGUGGUAUUUUGAAUAAAACUAGACUGAUAGUUAUAGUAUUAAUAAGAGUAAUGAUUAUAAUUGUAAUAAUUUUAACAGUGAUACUUUUGUAUUGACUUGUAAGAUUAUUUGAUCAUGUGUCAAGUGAUAGUUGUAUCAAGUGAUAGUUGUGUAAAUGAUUGCUAAGUUCACUUUUUUUUAAGAGUUUGUUGGUGUGAAGUAUUAUUAUUUUGUUGUUGUUGUCUUCUUGUAUUGAAGGAGAACAAACCUCUAGUACACAAACACAAUUACACAAACACAAUGUAUUUGAAAAGUUUUUCAGAGUGAAUUUCAUAUGUGAAUAAAUGUUCCCACGCUA